CGCAGGCGCUAGAGCCCCCUUCUGCCGCAAGGGAGGGAGGAGGAGGAGCUGGAGGAGAAAAAAAAAAGCGACAGAGCAACGUCACGUCGCACGAAAAUUACAAAGCGGCCAUCCGGUGCAUCGAGCAAAAGACUUCGAGGCAACGCGUGUCCCGCCAGCGACAGCGCCCUCCGCAGCAGCCCUGAAGAAACAUGACAGGCGUGCUCCGGCUUGCCAAUGGCCUCCAUCACCCGCUCCAACCGGCGAGCUGAGGGCCUUCACCUCUAUGAUCGUAACGUGAACGCCAGCCCCCUCACGCGCCCGGCGCCUGGGCCAAACUCCUUCCACCACGGCGCGGCGGCGGGCGGUCGCACAAAGCGAGCCCUCGACGGGGCCGAGCGCGACCUGGACGCCCUGCGGCACAAGAAGACGAGGAUCGCAGUCGAGAUACUCGCAAAGCCCCAGCUGCCUCGCGAGCCCGUGAAUGUACAGCCGCCGAUACCGCGACGAGCCGCUGUGGCGAGCAGCGCAAGUACGAGUAGGCCGCCAGCUGCUGCCCCUGUGCCGCCCACCAGGCCAGCGUCCACGGCCACCACGUCCACGUCCACGUCCACGUUUACGCCCGCGCCCACCUCCGCAGCCGCAGACCCGGAGCCGCCCAACGCCAGCCUGACGAAGCACCAGGCCAAAGUAAUCAAUGGCAUACGGCACGAGCUGGAUCGCCUGCAGCCGCGCCCCGACGACACCAGGGACUCCAAGGAGCAGGGCCGCAAGCUGCGGUCGCAGGAGGCCACCCGCUUCAAGAGCGAGCUGUCUGCCUAUUUCCCGGACUACGACGAGGUGAUAGGCAACGACCCCAAGGAACAACAUUUGCUCAACCCCGACACGCCGAUUAUUAUUGUCGAUACCAGCUUGUCGCGCGCAAUUCCCGACGCUCAACGCACUGGGCCUCGACCCCACGUGCACUAUACCCCGAGUGGCGCCGACUUUCCCAUCAGAGGAUACGGCGAUGCGCUGUUCACUGACGUGUUCGACUCGCAACGGAUCGACUUUGGCUUUUUAGAAGCUCAACAUAAGAACAAGAACAUUGAAGACCCCUUGCCCGAUAGCUUGUACGAGCCGAUUCAUAAAAAGGCAGAGAGGGUCGAACGGUCUAUUCGCAACACCGAAAAGGGUCGUGCGCAACAUGAAAAAGACCAGAUUAUUCGACUUCUGGAGGGCCUGCAGGGCCACGACUGGCUGAGAGUCAUGGGUGUCAGCGGCGUUACGGAGUCGAAGAAGAAGAAGUUUGAACCGGCCAGGAUGCACUUCAUCAAAGGUUGCCAAGCGAUAUUGGCCAAGUUCCGUAACUGGAGCCUUGAAGAAAAGCGGCGGAAGCUUGAGAAGGAGAAGGCUCUUGCAGAAAAGGCAGAGCAAGAAGGUGAAAGCGAUACUAGUGACGCAGAAUCCCAGCAAAGGGAGGAUAGCCGCUCCAAAGAGAGCGAUGACAGUGAGGACGAAGAAGACGAGGCCGAGGAUGAUGCCGAAGAGGAUGAACCAUCGCAAGACGAUGCCAGCGAGACAUCAUCGCCGGCCAAGCAGCUGCGACGAGAGGCGAGGGCGAGAUCCAAACUGGCGGCAGCAAACUCCAAGCGGUCACGGCCUGCUAACAAACCUGCACCACCAACGAAGCCUCCAGAACCCCCAAAAGAGUUCAAGUCUUUCUUUGCCAAGAGGUAUGAGCGCGAGAGCGCCCUCAACAGGCAGAGACGAGCUGGCAGAAAGAUUCUUGCCUGGGGUCACCCUAUUCCCGACAUAUCUGAAGCCGACUUUGUCCUGCCGGAAGAGUACCGGGAUGAGGAAACACUCAAGGCACGUGAGAGGAAGAAGCGCAGGGACAGGCGAGAGCUGCGUACCUUGAAGUAGGUAACUAUUGAAUCAUUGCUAGGGGCGUCACGCGGGGAGGCUGGAAGGGCUAAAAUACAGAUUGGCGUCUUGGGGUUUGCUUUACAGGGCGUUUGGCGGUUAAGGUGAUAUCAUACUUCGUUCUCGUUCAUACCUACUCGUAGGAGGAGAACGAUGGCUCAGCAACAUGAAAGUGCUCAAGGCAGCAGCAAGCAUUGAUGUAAGAUACGGUAGU